GCCGGUGAGGACGCCGACGAACAGUUACGUUUAGAUCGCUGCUCGAGUAGCGUCCCCCGUCGCCAGGAUGUGCACGCCGCACAAGAACAACUACAGGAAGAGGAAGAAAGUGAGCAACACGCCAACUACUACUGCGCGGCAUUUCGUUGAGCGUCGUUGCGGUUCUAUUUUCGUGCUGUGCUCGACGACAAAUUCUGCAGCCCUUCUUGAAGUGUGUGAUCAGAUCACGUGAGGGUUCAUCACCAAUUGCAGCCGCCGCCAACGCCGCUGGUGCGCCAGCCGCGACCUGCGCCUAGUCCUUCCCCUCCCCAGCGAUGGAGGACGCCGCAGCAUGGUGGAGGUCGCACCGCGCGGCCCGCGUGCGGAACCUGCUCGACGUGACCGACAAGCUGCGGUCCGGCCGCGGACAGCCGAGUGCCGAGGACCUGAGCGACGCGCUGCUGGAGGCGAUGCGGGCCGACAACAAGAAGCAGCUGGAGUACAUAGUGCACAGGGUGGAGGACGGCCGUCUGUGGGAGGAGAGUCUGGCCGCCGCGUGGCGCAGGGCGCGCGUCCAGAGGCUGCCCCUGAGAGAGGACAUGCAGAAGUGUGCAGUCGACAUCAUGGUGCAGCUGCGCUACGGGCGGACCACCGAGGAGCUGAGCGGCGAGCUACUGAAGGCGCUGCGGGACAACAGCGUGGAGGGCGUGGAGGACUUACUCUGCACAGUGUCAAACGUCCGACUAAAGAAGGACAGUCUGGAGGCAGCGCGGUGCCAGGCCCCGGCCCAGGGCGUGUUCCUAAGGAAACCCAUGAAAACCUUUCUGAAGGGUCUUUUGAGCGGCUACUCGGAGCUCCUGAGCAAGGAGCAGACACUGGGGUGGGAGGCACUGUGGGGCCUGGUGGACCGGUUGCUGGAUGAGUACCUGCCGAGCCUGAUCGACCUGCUCAGACCCAACGGCGAGGAGGAGGACGAGGCCGUGGAGUUGGCCACGCUCUCGGUCCUGGGCAUCCGCGAGCUGAAGGGGCACUUCCACCGUUCUACCUGGGAGGAGGUCGAGUACCUCCUGGUGCUGUUCGUCGAGGCGCGGACCGUCUACAAGACCCUGGCAUUCCUCGUGGCCAGCGCGGACAGAAUCAGAGUCCACCUGGAGUUCUUCCUGGAGAUGGUGAAGGGUCUGAGGACCACGUGCAGCAGUCUCCAGGACAGGAAAAAAGCUCUGAAGGAAAUGAAGAAAGCCCCUACUGUUCCCGACCAGCGACUGGACAAGGACUUCGCACUGCUGCGGGACUGGCACUCACUCGACGAGGCCGUACAGGCCCUCGAGGCCGCCAUCGCCGCCUUGCAACUACCCUCUAAAAGCUGGAAGGAGUGGGGCUGGCUGGCUCUGCGAAGAGGUCUUUUCCUAGCCGGGGAGAAGAUGAAGAACACGUGGUCGUCGCCCAACUUGUCUGUUCGCUACACCAAGCUCCUGGAGCUGACGGCCCCGGAAGGCAUCCUCAAGUUGUUGUGCCGUGGGAUCCGUGACGUUCAGGAGCACCCUAGAGUACCGGGGAGUAACGCGGAGGCACUGACCAUGUCGGACCUGGAUUCUGAACAACGGAGGAAGUGGUUAGAGGAGGAACUGGGGAGAGUGCUCCACACGGUCUCAGCCAUGCUUACGGAGGCUGAAUCUGAUUUAUUGGCAAAGAAGGGGAAGAAUCUGAAUAUUGCACAAAGGUGGAGAGUGAAUUCAUCAUUACGAAGUAAAUAUGUGACGCCUGACACCAAUGUGGUCUACAGAGAAGUGAAAAAACACCUUGAAGCUGCAAACCGAGGAAAGAACGACAAGGAACUAGAAAAAAUCAUUAAGGAGCUAGGAGACUUGCUGUGCCAGAAAAAUACGAUUGAUGUUUUUCCAAAUAAGCUCCACGAACUUGUUCUUCUUACGGAGAACAACCAUAAGAUUUAUCAGGCUGUGGUACAACACUGCCCGCAAGUUUUUAGUAGAAUUCGCCAACUCCUGGAUUGGAAAGGUGCUGAAGGCCUGAGUAAGUUCCAAGCCGACCUGAAUGAGUCAAGUUGUAUUGGUAGUGGUCCUGGUGAGGCGUCUCGCCACGCCAUUGAGCGCGCCCUCUCCGCCCUGGAGGCCAUUAGACGUGACUCCAAGCAUGAGGGACCGGUAAGGCCGUACGCCAUAGAGGGCGGGCUGCAGGCGCUGGCCUCCCGCUGGUACAAGGACGACCAAGCUCCGCCACUGCUCGUCGCGCACGAGCCCGCCUUGUUCGGCCGCCAGUUGAGGAACUACUUGAACCACCAGGACCUGGCCAUGAAGCUCUUCUUUCCCUCGCAUAGGGAAUGCAGCAGCCUCUGGACACUUCUUUUUGUUCGCCGCAGCCUAGUCGCUGACCGCCCAGGCGUGACACACAGAGUGCGGGAGCUGGCAGCCGCCGCACCUUUAAACGCUGAAGUGUUGGACCUGGCCAGGUUCAAGGACGCCAUGUUCCGCGGCGCGCGCAGGGGAGACCUGGCCGAGGUGCAGCGUGCCGCUGGGUUCGGCGUGGACAUCUCCAGCAGGGACUGCCGGGGACGCACGCUGCUGCACGCCGCUGCCGAGGACGGCCAGGCCAGCCUGGUGGACUGGCUCCUAAAGACCAAAGCCGUGGACCCGCUCGCCCGGGACUGGGAGGGGCGGAGCGCGCUGCACUGCGCUGGGACCGGGGAGGUGGCCGAGCUGCUGCUCGCUGCGGGCCGGGUGGCGCCUUGUGAUUACGGGUGCUCUCCACUUCACUCCGCGGCGUUCUCGGGGCGCGCCGACGUGAUCCUGGCGCUCAUUCCUCACUAUGACCUCCACGCUAAGGACGGCACCCUCCUCACACCUCUGCACCUGGCUGCAGGCGGUGGCCACGAAGCCGCGGUGCGCGCGCUGCUGCAGGCUGGCGCGCGGUACGAGUCUGUCGGGAAGAGGGUCACCCCGCUCACCGUAGCAGCCGAGGCCGGCAGCGCCCCCGUGGUGAGCCUCCUCCUGGACCCGAGCCUGGACCUGCUCGCACAGCCCUCGGAUGACGACUGCUGGCGCGCUGCUGGCGUGGCUGGGAUACGCCGACACUCGGACGUGUUCUCCACCCUCUCGGCCGAGCUGAAGGAGCGCCGCGUGCAGCUGGACAGCGAGUCAGCAGAGAGGUGCGUAGGCAGAGUGGCUAUGGGGGGCAGCACUGAGGUCGCCGACGAGCUGCUGGAGCACUGGCCGGAUGCUGCGUGGCUGGAGCUCGACCUCUACGGCCAGAAGACUGCCCUUUUCCUCGCCGCAACACACGGUCACGCUGCCCUGGUGCACACCCUGCUGAGCCGCGGGGCUGACCCGCUGCAGCGGGACAAAGUCUCUGACACCGCGCUGCACUGGGCGGCUGUUUUCGGCUCAGUGGAAGUGAUCAACGCCCUGUGGGACCACACGCAGGCGGAGCAGGACCCAGGGAGGAGAGAGGAGCUGCUGCGGCUGUGGGAGGGCUGCAGGGAGAAGUACCCACCGCUGUGUGUGGCGGCAGGGAGAGGCCUCCUGGAGGCCGUGCAGCUGCUGGUGAAGCGGGGCGCGGACAAGGACGCGGCGCCGCCCGAUGACCCUGACCGUACGCCUUUCUGGGGGGCUGCAUACGGAGGACACACAGAGGUGGUGCGGUGGCUGCUGGAGAAGGGCGCCCGCCUGUACGACCGCAGUAAGCCUUCACUCACACCACUGAUGGCCGCUGCACAGUGGGGGCACCUGGCCGUGGUGGAGCUCCUCGUGCCGGCCAGCCAGCCCACGGACACGGAGCAGCAGCAGCGCGAGCGCCUGGAGCUGCUGCAGCACGUGGAUCCACGCGGGUGGACAGCCCUGCACCUGGCUGUGCAGUCGGGCUCGCUGGCGGUGGUGAAGCACCUCCUGGAGCGGGAGCGGGAGCUGCUGGUGGCGCGCCUUAAGGACAAGAGGCCGCGCAACGUCACCGUGUACAGCGGGUUGCGCACCGCUUUGCAGUGCUGUGUCGAGUGCGACGCCCCCUCCAGUGUGUUCCGCGAGCUGCUCGGGUACAUGGAGGACCCGCGGCUGAUGGAGCUGGGCGGCAAGGGUGUGACGGAUGUGCGCGACAUGGUACAGGCGGCGCUGAACAAUGUGGACUACUCCAGUCUCGUGUGGACCGUACUGUACGGGCGGGGGCAUCACGUCCAGGAGAUGAAGAAGGUGCUCAGGGAGUCCCUCCGGCGGCUGCUGGACCCCGUUCCGAUCGAGGCGGAGGAGUCUCUACGGCUUCUAUCUUUGCAGUAGCUCGGAGAAGUGUGAUUGUAAUGAUGGCAAGGAUGUCGGAAAAAUAAAACAAACAUUUUUGUUCCUGA